AUGAUCAUUGGAAUGAAGAUUUUGAAGUUUUCAGCGCUCAUUGCUUGCAUCAAUUCGAGUUUCUCACGAACACAAAAAUCCACGACUCUUCCGAAACAUGUGCAAUCGACGACCGUCCGAGGGCUGAAAUACUACUUGUACGCAGACCCUGUGACAUUUCUUGAAGCGGUUCAGCUCUGUGAUGAGCGCGGCCAGACAUUAGCGAACAUUUCCGACCGGAUCCAGCAGUCCCAAUUGGCCAUCCGCCACUGGCAACGGCUCAAUCCAUGGAUAGGAAUCGUGAAUUUCCAAGGAAGCAUGCGCUGGGUGUCCGACUUCUCGCUCGUCAACGAUCGUCAAAAAAGACGGAACUGGUCAUACAAUGAUGUUCAAAGAGCGAAAAGGCACACGCUUCAUCCGUCGGAAUGCUCAGCAUUUAUGUCUCAGGAGAACUAUGGCGUUUGGAAAAUUGACAAUUGCGAGAGAACGAAGCGCCCGUACAUCUGCCAUCGAAAAAUUUAG